AUGGGGAGCGGCGGGGGCACAAAUAGCUUCAAUCUGGUCAACAGCACGAGUAGAGCUAUGUCGAACCGAAGCUCUGUUCCGCGUUUAGCCGUCGAUGCGAACAACUCAUUAUUUAAGGAAAGCAAAGCUUCGCAUCGGAGAGAAAGAAGAUCGGCGGGCGGCCUCGGAGGGGUCAGUAACGGCCAUCACAGCGAUGAAGUGGUAGAAGUGCAAAUCCUUCCUCAAGACGACAACUGGGGCGACAACACGACUUGCAUCACGGGAGCAACAUCGGAACGCUCGAUAUCAGCGGAAGACAUAUCGAGACUCGGUUCGGAUGUUCGCGGUGUAUCUGGAUUUUUCCUCUUCCACAUGUGGCUCGGAAGCGUCGUCGCAGCUCUGCUGUCCGUGGCAGCUCUUCUGUCCCCCCUCGCGAUGUUGCUCAUACCUAAGCUUCCCAUCUGGGAUCAGCCCUGGAAAGUCCAAGCCUGCGGCGCGGAAUGCGACGGACUUCUCAUAAGUUUUGCUUUCAAACUUGCCUUUCUCUCGGUGGCAUGCUGGGCGCUCUUCUUUCGCAAACCUCGCGCAACUAUGCCGCGAAUAUUCGUGUUCCGAGCGGUCUUCAUUGUCAUCAUCGUGGUGAUCUUGGUCUGUUUCUGGCUCUUCUAUUCUGUGAGGAUUUACGAAAAACGCUACGAGGACUUCGAUCUGACAUACCUAUCGAUCGUUCAAUUCGCCGAUUCAUUGAUCAUCUCAUUAUUGUGUUUGCACUAUAUAUUCGUUCUGAUGCUUGAGAUCCGUCACUUACAGCCUCAAUAUUUUGUGAAAGUGGUGCGCAGUCCAGACGGCGCUAGCAAGUGUUACUCGCUGGGAGCAAUUAGUAUUCAGCGAGCCGCAGUCCAGCUGCUCGAAAAUUAUUAUCGCGAUUUCCCUGUGUAUAAUCCUUUCCUGGAACAGCUCCCGGUGUCUGGUUCAUCGAAGAAGCAUUCGCAAUCAUUCAAAGUUUACGAUUUGAAUGGAUCAGCUUCUCAGACAUCACAUACGAGUGCUCAAACCAGCGGCAACGGAAGAAGAACCACUGAUCGCCUUUACGCCGAGCACGAAUACGAAAAGCGAGUCCGAAAGAGAAGGGCUCGCUUGAUAACGGCAGCGGAGGAAGCCUUCACGCACAUUAAAAGAGUUCGCGAGAAUCAGGAGCCGUCCACUCAGCUCCUCAUGGAUUCGCAGGAAGCCGCGCAGGCUGUUUUUCCGUCAAUGGCGCGUGCUCUUCAAAAGUAUCUGAGGAUCACUAGACAACAGCCUCGCCAUACGAUGCAAGGCAUCCUCGAGCACCUCAGCAGUUGCUUACACUAUGAUCUCAGUCCGAAAACAUUCCUCGAAAAAUAUCUGAAAUCUGAACCGGUUCUACAGGACGAACGCGAGCUAUCAACCCAGAUCCAGUCGUGGGCCUUAGUCUGUGACGUGUUCCUCUCGAGACCCAUAAAGAAUGGACUGACCUUCAUCUUGCGUCAGGGCGACGUGUCCCUGAUGGCAACAGUGUCUGACCUCCCUCACUUCAACAUUACAGAGGAAGUUGUCGACCCGAAAUGCAAUCGAUUCGUUCUUCGCCUUCAGUCGGAAACCUCAGUAUGA